AUGGCUCCCUCCAAUCCGCUUUCCAACUGGGAAAAGGUUGGCGACAGCUUUUACCGCAAAAUCCCGGUGUAUGACGCCGUCUUCGACGAAGAUGUCGAACUAGAGAACUACAUUGUCGCGGGCGCUCCGCAUGGAGGGGCAAUCGCGCUCUAUCGUGAUGAGAACAAGCCGUUCAGGUUGCGCGACACGCAAGCAUCACGGUCGGGAAUCAACAUUUAUUCGUGUUCAGGAAAACUGAUUAAUCGAAUUAAUUGGGAUCAAGCUACCAUUCGGGGGCUCGGCUGGUCCGACAAAGAGGAGCUCUUGGUAGUUGCCGAGGAUGGCACCGUCCGUCGUUACUUCGGGCUGGAUGGCGAGUUCACCUCCUUCUCGCUGGGCAAUGGCGCCGAAGAGUACGGCGUGCGGGCUUGCCAAUUCUGGGCGUCCGGCCUUGUUGCAUUAUUGUCCAAUAACCAACUGGUCGCGGUCUCGAAAUAUGAUGAACCACGUCCACGACAGCUCGCGCCUUGUCCCGAGGGCGAGGUAUCUUCAUGGGCACUAAGUCCCCCGGCGCACACGCUCUCGCGCUCGGUAGAAGUUCUCCUGGCUGUCGACAAAACAGUCUACCUUGUCGAUUCCACCGAAGCUGAAGACAAGAUCCUGCAGGACGGUCCGUUCAAACACAUCAGCGUUUCCCCAUCGGGGCGCUUCGUUGCGCUCUUUACCGGGGAAGGAAAGUUGUGGGUUGUCAGCAAUGACUUCCAGAGCAAACUAAGCGAAUAUGAUUCUAAAUCUCGGGUUGUCCCGAGUUCCAUGAACUGGUGUGGCGAUGAUGCUGUCGUUCUAGCCUGGGAGGACGAGAUCCACCUAGUUGGACCCAAUGGUGCUGCUUCGAAGUUCUAUUAUGAUGCCCGUGUACACGUCAUUCCCGAGUUUGAUGGUGUUCGCUUGAUAACGAACGACACCUGCGAAUUUUUGCAUAAAGCCAAUGAAGUCACGGAAGGGAUUUUCAGACCGGGCUCCUCAGCUCCUGCAUCUGUGUUACUUGACUCGGUCGAGCAAUUAGAAAAGAUGUCGCCAAAGGCCAAUGAGAAUAUUCAACGGAUUCGCUCGGGUCUUCCUGCUGCAGUCGAUGCAUGUAUCAAAGCAGCAGGUCACGAGUUUGAUGUGUACUGGCAGAAGCGCUUACUCAAGGCCGCUUCCUUUGGCAAAUCAGUCUUGGAUCUUUACAACAGCGACGAAUUUGUUGAGAUGACCGAGAAACUUCGUGUCCUGACCGCGGUACGCGAUUACCAAGUCGGACUACCAGUGUCAUACGAGCAAUACUUGCGCUUGACUCCGGAGGGACUCAUUGAGCGCCUGAUCAACCGUCACGAGUACCUGCUCGCCAUCCGAGUUUCUGAAUACCUCCAAAUACCGGCGGAUCGCAUCUAUGUGCACUGGGCGAGCCAAAAAGUAAGAGUCUCUACCGGGGAUGAUGAGGCUGUAUGCAAGCUCAUUGUUCAAAGACUGGAAGGAAAGCCGGGUAUCUCUUUCGAAACUAUUGCACAGGCAGCCUAUGACGAGGGCCGAUCGCAUUUGGCUACUCAGCUGCUGAACUAUGAACCUCGCGCUGGUAAGCAGGUUCCACUGUUGCUGAGCAUGGAAGAGGACGAGGUGGCUCUCGACAAGGCAAUCGAAAGUGGGGAUGAUGAUUUGGUAAAUUACGUGCUUCUACAUUUGAAGAGCAAGCUUCCCCUCGCGAGUUUCUUCCGCAUGAUCAACAGUCGCCCAGUAGCAUCCGCAUUGGUCGAAACAGCUGCACGAGGUGAAGACAUUGAGCUUCUCAAGGACCUUUUCUACCAGGAUGAUCGUCCCAUUGAGGGAUCUAAUGUUUUGUUGUCGGAAGCUCUACGAGAAACAGAUCUAGAGCGUAAGACUGAGAAGCUUCACCUGGCAACACGCUUGCUGUCCGACUCCAAAGACCCAACUGUUGUGUUGCACCAAAAACUCGUUUCCGAAGCCUCGCAACUUCUCAAAGCCCAGGAGGCGCUGGACAAAGAUCUUGCUGAUCGAGCCGAGUUUGUCGGUCUCAGCCUGAACGACACGAUUUACAGGUUAUUCCGAGCGGGCUACGGAAAGCGAGCGCAUAAGAUGCAGGCUGAAUUCAAGAUGCCGGAAAAGACCUUCUGGUGGCUAAGGUUGAGAGCAUUGGUAGCUAAGAGGGACUGGGGUGAGUUAGAAGAGAUUGGAAAAGGGAAGAAGUCCCCCAUUGGAUGGGAGCCCUUCUAUAACGAGGUUCUCGGUGCCGGAAACACGAAGCUGGCGUCCCUAUUUGUUCCGAAGUGCACGAAUCUGCAACCUGCCGAGCGAAUUGAAAUGUGGGUGAAGUGUGGAAUGAUUGUGAAGGCGGGAGAGGAGGCGCAAAAGGCGAAGGACCUGAACGCCCUUGAGCACAUUCGAACUAAAGCGUCUGGACCGGCGGCAACGGAAAUCGAGCGCAUGAUAAAUCAACUCAGGCCGAGGAAAUAG